AUGGCGAUGGGGGACUGCCCAGAGUUCUUGGAGUCAGGGGAGGCUUGCGAGCUGCAGUGUCCCGACGAACAGGAACUCAGUGAUAACAUCACCUGCUACCUGGGCAACCUUACUGAUGUUGUUUGCAUCCCGGCUGGAGGGUGGCCGUGCCCACCUGGCCAUCAGGUCAGUCCUGACUCGCUAAUGCGAUGCGUGCCAUGUCCCCUGUCCACGUACAAAUCAGGACAAGGUCCUUGGCCAUGUGCCAGAUGUCCUCCAGGGUCGGAUACAAACCGUACAGGGAGGACAUCUGCCGAAUCUUGCAUGUGCCACGACACGUACUACGAACUGCGGGACGUCAGCAAUAAGCUGGUGUCGUGCAUUCCUUGCCCGAACAACUCCGGCGUUGUUGGUUUGCAUCGGCAUCAGCACGAGGACUGCAGGUGCUGGGAUGGUUUUGUGAGAGAACCAUCUGCAGAGGACGAGCGCCUGCAGUACUGUCGACCGGCAGAUCCCUGCAACGUCAGUGAUCUGUUUACAAAUCUCACAGGUCCACAAGCCUACAAGCUCAACAUGGGCAGCUGUGAAUCACGGGCGAAUGCCUCUUUGCUUCCAGACGGCUUGACGUGUAGUCUAGCUUGCAAUGCGGGCUUCGGUGCCCAGUUGGGGUCCGACAUCUUCCGCGCCGUGGACUUGACCUUGGCGUGUGAGGAUGGCACUUUGGUACGCAGACCUCCAGAAGGAUAUCUGUGGUGCUCAGAAGCUUCGUGGGAGCUUCCUCCACUGGUCUUCUUAGGCAUUACCACAGCUGCGACUGUCUUGGGUGGUGCAGCGUGCAACUGA